AUGCCCUCGGAAGAAUCCGAAACACCGAAGUGCAACGAGCAGCCCGCUAUCGGUGAGGACCUCACAUUGAGCGUGAAGGAGGAGGCAGAGGUAGAGCGAUUGAAGAAGGAAAUUCAGGGUGAGUUUGAUGGCCGCUAUGUCGAACUGGUAUUGACGUACACGUCUGGAGAUCUUGUCCGCAAGUAUUCGCCUAAGUACAGUCAGAAAUGCGAGGUCUCGACUGUGGAAGUCGACGGCCAGGAAAUCGCUAUAGCCCGUCUUCCAGGCGCGAGGCAGCCAUUCAAGAAAGGUACAGCUGCGCUAGACGUAGUGACCGCCUACGAAAACCUGUUGGAGAAAAUCGAAGCCGAGAAGUCUUCCAAACAGUGA